AUGAAAAGAAACAAGAAACUAACAUUCUAUGUUCUGUUAAUAAUUAUAAUUUUGAACAUUGAAAUGAGCAAAAAUAACCGAAUGCUUGGUGAUUAUAUAAGAAGAGGAGGAAGAGAAAAUUGGACGAAGAGCAGUAUGAACAACAAACAUCAUGAUGUAUGUAACUGUAAAUUGAAAAAGCAAAGGAGAUCUUUUAAAUUUAUUAAUUUUCAAAAAGAUAAAAAAAGAAAUUAUAGGAACAAUGAGAGACUUCAUUCACAAACACAAUUUUGUGAUGGUCUUUUUUCUCGGGGUGCAGAGAAAGAAGAUGAUAAUGAUGAUGAUUCAAAAUAUUUUUUCACUCCAUCAAAUAACACAAGUGGAAUUAGUACAAAUUACACGAAACAGAAAAACUGUAGAUACACAUUUUUGUUUAGCGCUCACAGAGGGUUGUAUAUAAAUUCUGCACAAAGGAUGAAUAGUGCCCACAAGUUUUAUACAUCCAAAUUUGUAAAUUUUGUAACGGUGGAAAAAAAGGGGUCAAUAUUAGAUCACCUGAAAAGAUAUAAAUGUGUAAUAUAUUUAGGAAAAAAGAAUUGUGUACAAGGAAAUGUCAGAAGAAGUAGUUUUUCUUUGUUAGCUUUGUCAAAUGGUCGAAAUGCAAUAAUAACCCCUGUCACCCACAUGGACUCUACAGCAGAUCGAAACUCUGCCCCUGGUGUUUUUCUCAAUGAUCAAGGAAUUUCCUACACACACUGUGGAUUGAAAAAACGAAGAAAAGAAGAAAAAAUUGGACAUUCCCCAGUUAGCAUUUAUAGACAUUGUAACAGUACAACGGAAUGUCGACGUAAAGUAAUAGGUGGAGAUUCCUCUGACAAUGCUGUUGGAAGUAGUGUCGAAAUUGCAAUAAAAAGAGGAAAGGGGGUGAGAGAAAAAAAACGGUUUUUUUCUGAAGAGUCUAAAAGGAGCAUGAAGUUAAAACUUCGAAACCUUAUGCGUAAAAAAUGGAAAGAUCCAGAAUUUCGAAAAAAAAUGUUGAAAUCUUUUAAAAAGAGAGGUAUUGAGCAUAAUCAGAAAAUAUCCGAGGCUGUGAAAAACAAGUGGAAAAAUGACUUGAAUUAUAAACAAAAAACAUUGGAAGGACAACGGAAAUAUUUCAUGAGACGAUAUAAGAACAAGAAAUUAAGUGCCAUUUCAGAGAAAACGAGAGAAAAAAUAUCCAAAGCUAUGAAACAAUAUUGGGCAAAUAAAAACAAAUUCAAAAAAGCACAAGUUAACAAUUUGCAACAUCUUCAAAAGAAGAAAAAAAAGCACAAAAAAGUUUGGGAAGAUAUUUAUUCCCUUAUAUUAAAUCAAAAAGUAGGUGAUUUAGGUAGUUACCAAUCAUCUCUUCAUCAUAAUUUGUCAAUCAACUUGCAAGCGGCUCUGAGCUGA